AUCUGGAUGCUCAACUUCGUGCUAUCGUUCGCCAGCGGGAUCAUCCAAACCCUCACGCCAUACGUGACCAGCUCCUUCGCGGCGCAUUCCGUGACAGCGACCACGACCAUCCUCUCCAGCCUGCUGGGCGGGUUGAUGAAGCUGCCCUACGCCAAAUUGCUCGAACUCUGGGGGCGGCCGCCCGCCUUCGCGCUCAGCGUCCUGUGCACCACGGUAGGGAUGGUCCUGAUGGCGGCGUGCACCACAGUCGAGAUGUACAGCGCCGCCCAGAUCUUCUUCACGGUGGGCUCCAGCGGCAUCACCUUCAGCGUGACCAUCUUCAUCGCCGACACCGCGCCGUUGGCGAGUCGCGCGUGGUGGAUCGCCUUCGCCUCCUCCCCGAACAUCCUCACCGUCUGGGCGUACGGGCCGGCCGCGCAGGCGGUGCUCGACACCGUUGGGUGGCGGUGGGGGCUGGGGGUCUUCGCCAUUGUGGUCCCGGUCGUCGCAGGCCCCUUCGCAUGGCUGCUCUUCCACAGUGACGCUCAGCAGGAGGAUCGAGGGGCGACGACGCCGGUCCCGCGUUCCAAUCGCCAGCGGCUGGCCCACUACAUCCGGGAGGUCGAUCUGGUGGGGCUGCUGCUGCUCUGCACGGGGCUGGCCCUGCUGCUGCUGGGGAUGAGUCUGGCCGCCGACCAGCCGGGGCAGUGGCGCGCGCCGCUGGUCGUCUGCUUCCUGGUGGUCGGGGGCCUGCUCGUUGUGGCCUUUGGCGUCUACGAGCGGCACUGGGCCGCCGUCGGCGUCAUCCCGUGGCGGCUCCUCGGCCACCGCAACAUCGUCGUCACCUACGCCGCCGUGCUCGCCAUGUUCACCGCCUCGUACGUGUGGGAGAGCUACUUCUACUCGAUGCUGGUGGUGGUGUGGGACCUGAGCGUGCUGGCCGCGACGUACGUCACCAACGUCUGGGCCGUCAGCGCCUCGCUGUGGGCGCUGCUGGUCGGCCUGCUCCUCCGCCGGUACGGCCGCGUCCGCCCGCAGGCCAUCUACUUCGGCGCCCCCGUCAUCGUGCUGGGCGUCGGGCUGAUGAUCCGCUUCCGCCGCGCCAGCGCGAGCAUCGGGUACGUGGUCCUGUGUCAGAUCCUGGUCUCCCUCGGUUUCGGCACCAUGGCCCUUCUGUUCCCGGUCGUGCUGAUGGCGACCGUCGCCUCCUCCUCGUCCUCGUCACCACAUCUCCCCGCCGUUCUCGCCGUGGAGAACAUGGUAUCCGACCUAGGUAGGGCUAUCGGCUCGACCAUCGGCUCGGCCAUGUGGCAGGCGAUCUUCCCCGGUAUGCUGCGCCGGGAUCUGCCCGCAAACGAGGCACAGAUCCCCCUCGUCGACGAGAUUUACGAGGAUCUGAACGUGCAGACGGCGUACCCCGUCGGCAGUGCCGUGCGCGACGCCAUCAACGCCGCGUACAGCAAGACGUACAAGCUCAUGUUGAUCGUGGCGGUCUGUCUCUCCGCCCUGGUCUGGGCGUUCGCGUGGGCGUGGAAGGAGGUCACUUUGGAA